GGCGGCGCUCUGGCCCACCCAGGCGCGACUCGGUGGCUCGCCGCGAAGUCCCCUCUAGCUGCGGCGCGGAGGCCUCCACUGCCUUCCGGUUCCGGCCGUGCGAGGCCCGGGCCGAGCUGGAAGAAAGAUGGCGGCGGCCGUGCGCCAGGACUUGGCCCAGCUCAUGAACUCCAGCGGCUCUCACAAGGACCUGGCGGGCAAGUACCGUCAGAUCUUGGAAAAAGCCAUUCAGUUAUCUGGGGCAGAGCAACUAGAAGCUUUGAAAGCUUUUGUGGAAGCAAUGGUGAACGAGAAUGUCAGCCUGGUGAUCUCUCGGCAGCUGCUGACUGAUUUCUGCGCACACGUCCCUAACCUGCCUGAUGGCACCGCCAAAGACAUUUAUCAUUUCACCUUGGAGAAGAUCCAGCCCAGAGUCAUUUCCUUUGAGGAGCAGGUUGCUUCCAUAAGACAGCAUCUUGCAUCUAUAUAUGAGAAGGAAGAAGACUGGAGAAAUGCAGCCCAAGUAUUGGUGGGAAUUCCAUUGGAAACAGGACAAAAGCAGUACAAUGUAGAUUAUAAGCUGGAGACUUACCUGAAAAUUGCGAGGCUAUACCUGGAGGAUGAUGACCCAGUCCAGGCCGAGGCUUAUAUAAAUCGAGCAUCAUUGCUCCAGAACGAGUCCACCAACGAACAGCUACAGAUACAUUAUAAGGUAUGCUAUGCACGUGUUCUUGAUUAUAGGAGGAAAUUCAUUGAAGCCGCACAGAGGUACAAUGAGCUCUCCUACAAGACAAUAGUCCAUGAAAGUGAAAGACUCGAGGCCUUAAAGCAUGCUUUGCACUGUACCAUCUUAGCAUCAGCAGGACAGCAGCGUUCUCGGAUGCUUGCUACCCUCUUCAAGGACGAGAGGUGUCAGCAACUUGCUGCUUACGGGAUCCUGGAGAAAAUGUACCUGGACCGGAUCAUCCGAGGAAAUCAGCUGCAGGAGUUCGCGGCCAUGCUGAUGCCUCACCAGAAGGCAACGACAGCCGACGGUUCUAGCAUUUUGGACAGAGCUGUUAUUGAACACAAUUUGUUAUCUGCAAGCAAAUUGUAUAAUAAUAUUACCUUUGAAGAACUUGGAGCUCUUCUGGAAAUCCCUGCAGCCAAGGCAGAAAAGAUAGCAUCACAGAUGAUAACAGAAGGACGGAUGAAUGGAUUCAUCGAUCAGAUUGAUGGGAUAGUUCAUUUUGAAACAAGAGAAGCCCUGCCAACGUGGGACAAGCAGAUCCAGUCACUUUGUUUCCAGGUGAAUAACCUCCUGGAGAAAAUCAGCCAGACGGCGCCAGAAUGGACGGCCCAGGCCAUGGAGGCCCAGAUGGCCCAGUGAGUCCUCCCGAGCGUGGGUGCACACUACAUCCUUCUCCACGUUGUCCAGGUCAACUUCACGCUCCAAAGCAUUUGCAUCCUGACGUUACUAUUUCAGUCCCUUUUAUGCCGGAUUGCAUUUAAAGCCGACAUUCGUAGAGCAAGAAGUGCAGCAUUUGGAAAUAAUGUAGUUCUCAUAUAUUCAGGUUCUCCGUGUAUCAAAUUAACUCAGAUGUUUUGAAAGCUUUUUCUUUAAACUGAGUGAAAUAUCUGUGGCUAAAAGGUUUGGGAUUUGUGAUAACUUUGUAGUCAUGUAAAAUUGAAGUGCUUUGUGCCUCCAAAUGUGAUUAUUCUAAUAAACGGUGAAGUGAGCCGAAUAAAA